AUGCAGAUCAUAAGUUAUUACUGGAAGUUCUUGUACUACAGAUGGAAUUAACUGUACUCCUCUAGAACUUUACAAGGUUAUACAGAAGCUGGAUGUUAUUUAGGAACAGAUGGAACUUGUAUCUUAUCUUUUCCUAUUGGUUAAAAUACUGGAAAUAAACGUUAUAGAUUCAAGUUAUGUGAAGUCAUUGAUAAAGGAGUUAAUAUUUUUGUUUGCGGUGGAGUCAUACUUGGAAAAGUAUGUGUUUCUAAUACUAAAAAUUGUAUUCUAAAGCAGCUUGUUCAAUAUACAAAAUUUUAGAAGCAUACAAUGGAGAAGGAUUAGAAGGAAUAAAUCAAGUUUAAUAUACAUUUUUGCCUAAUUCUGCCACCGAUUUAUUCAGUGGAACUUGCAAAGAAUGCAUAUAAUGUAAAGAUGCAAAUUAAGAUAGACUUGGUUUUGGGUGGCAAGACUUUUAGUAUUUUGCUAAAAAAUGUAAUUAUUAGGCAAUAAUAAAAAUCGGUGAUAACAUUGAAAAGUACAAGUCUCUCUAUCAAAUUGGGAGAUAAGAAAGUACCUAUUAUUUUAAAAAAUAAACUUCUUAUUAGAUCAAAAAUUAACCAGGAGAGCUCGUAGAUUUAUUCAGUCGUCUGUUUACAUAUUUAGAAGGUUUAUAUCAGAUGUAAAUAUUAACUUGCAGGUCAUGAAUUGAUAAGAUAAAAGCUUGAAUGA